AUGCUCUCCGAUACCCGGGCCGCGCGCUGCCGAUCGAAUAUGUUGUCCGCGAGCCAGGGGGCCUGCCGCCGGUCACCCGCCCGCUCCGGGAACCGGGCGCUCCGCCACCUCUUGUGCUCCGGGAUGUUCCGCUGCACCCGCGUGGCGCCAAGAGCUAGGCGGACCGGCUUUGCGGCCCACGUCAGAGGGGAGGCGGCCGACUUGUCCGAUGAUGGCGACUACCAGCCAGCGUCUGGAAUCGAGACUGACGCUGACGUUGAACUCGGCUCUGGAUUGAUCCGAGCUUCGAGUGAACCUACAAUUGCGCCCCCCCCUCCCCCCGACUAUGGUGGCCGCGAGGUGAAGGCGAAAUUCGGAAGCGAGAAGGGCGUUGGAACGCUGGUAUGGCAGCUGGAGGAAGGGAACAACACUCAUCCGGAUGGAGAGCCAAUCACGGUCGUGCUUGGAACCAAAAUGGUUACCGUCGAGUUCAAAGAUGGCAGCAAGAAGGACGUGGACAGCGACAAAAAAGGCACGCUCGGCGAGUGGCUGAAAUUUAUUAACCACCCUGACAUAAAGAAACGUCAGGUCGAGGAUGGCGACCCCAUUGCAAUAGUUAAUCCAUGA